GCUGCUCGCGUGGUCGGUUCAGGUCGCCCGGUGUCCCCAUAUUGACUGCCAUUGAGCAUCGUCGGCUGCGUUGGCAUUCCGCGUCAUGGCUUCUGCCGCUCCUACCCUCUGGGACACCCUCCCCAUCCCAACCCUCGACCGACCGUUUGGUGUCCAGCUAUGGCCCUACUUCAGCAAGGCCUUCGAGGUGGUGGCGGGCUAUCCCGCCGACGACUUCCGAUUCGUGACUGGCAAGACGCCCAUGUCGACGCUGAAGGAGACCUUGAUCUUCCUCACCAUCUACUAUAGCGUCAUCUUCGGCGGUAGGGAGUUCAUGCGGGACCGAGAACCGUUCAAGAUGAGAUCUCUCUUCCUGGUCCACAACUUCUACCUCACCGCCAUCAGCGGCAUACUGCUGGCGCUGUUCGUCGAGCAGCUGCUGCCCACCGUCGUCCGCCACGGCAUCUUCUACGCGAUCUGUGACGCUGACGGAGGCUGGACGCAACCGCUGGUAGUCCUUUACUACUUAAACUACCUCACCAAGUACCUGGAGCUGUUGGACACGGUGUUUUUGUUCUUGAAGAAGAAGCCAUUGACCUUCCUGCACUGCUACCAUCACGGCGCGACAGCCUUCCUCUGCUACACCCAGCUCAUCGGCUCUACCGCGGUCUCGUGGGUCGUCAUCACGCUCAACCUGACCGUGCACGUCGUCAUGUACUGGUACUACUUCCAGAGCGCCCGCGGAAUCCGAAUCUGGUGGAAGGAGUGGAUCACCCGCCUGCAGAUCAUCCAGUUCAUCAUCGAUCUUGGUUUCGUCUACUUUGCCGCCUACACCUACUUCACGUCUACCUACUUCCGGUGGAUGCCCAAUGCGGGCCAAUGCGCCGGCGAGGAGUUCGCCGCUUUCGCUGGUAUCGGCACUCUCACUUCGUACCUGGUCCUCUUCAUCUCCUUCUACUUCGCGACGUACAAGAAGGAUCAUAAAGCGCCUAGCACACGCAAGACCCUUCGCCGCAUGUCGCAGGCCCCUCUGCCCGACCACCACCAUACGGUCGCUUCCGCCUCCGCCACUGGUAUGAAAGCCAACGGCGUCAGCACGCGCUCCCGGAAGGCGUGAGCGCCAGAAUCGACGAGCACUUGCCAAUCCGGGGACGCGUUGCCUACGCGGAUUUGGGGCCAGUACGCCAUUUUUGCAUUACGGAAUCUUGGGUUCCGACAUCGAAUCGUGAGCGAAAAAAACUCAGGUGCUAGAAGA